AUGACAGGCCUUAAACAUCGCCGCGACAAAUUGGCAGGAAGCUAUGGAGAGGUGCGAAACGCGGGGUACGAUGAUGGGAAGUUGGAAAGGAAAAUUAUGCGUGAUAGGAGAAGGGAGUCUGGUUCCCGAGUGGCAAGCACGUGGACGGUGCGCUGUGCCGUGCGCCCGCUGCUCGUGCUCGGCUUGGUGUUCCACGCUGCUGCGUGGUCCCUGGUGUCGCAAAACAGCCAUGUGGCUGCCCGGUAUACAUUAUGUGGGUUGCGUCCUGCACCGCUUCCGGGUGCCACGGCAAGAGAGUGUGGCAGUCCGACGUGGUCCGAUGUGCGGCCGUCAGUGCCCGGGCUUGUCUUGGUCGGCUUGGUCUCGGCUGGCGGGCGUGAAGACCAGCUGGCCAUGUUCCAUGGUGGAGAGGGAGAGAGGGUGACGUCGAGUGGCUGGUGGAUUGUUGGCACAAAGGCAGGACGCUUUACCUGUCAACCUCCAUCGGCAUCUCCCACGCAUGCCACGACAGGAAGUCGAGCCAUGUGUAGAGACAAUUGUCCGGCCGCUGCUCCCGAUAGAGAUUCUCGAUGUUUAUCGGUUUGGCGGGAGCUGUGCCGUGGUGACCUUGCAGUAGCGGCAGCGGUGGUGGUGGCAGUCGUGGCAGAUCGGGGUUGUCUCAGUCAGCCAGUACUGGUUGUCGUUGUUACAGUUUGA